ACGGAUCUAUUCUUUUGUAUUCACCGUUUAGAGUAUUAAAAUUAGUUAUAUCUCCGCAAGAAGCUUGUACUCUUUUUUUGUGUGCCCCUGAGUUAUCCAUGAUUUUUCGAGCAAAGACAUAACAGGUGGCGACGAGGACGGGAUCCUUUCUUAAUUGUGGAGUAGUGUAAACUCGGCACGUGAAAAGGAAAAAAAAAGAUUUUUUUUCUUUCCUCCUUGAGGUGGAACUCCUGUGUGAAACCGUUCGAGAAACUUUGAGAGUGCUACGUGGUAAAUGGCAAGUAAAGCGCAAUAAUAUUAGAUGUAAGGAAGAAAGCAAAUUAAAUAGAAGAUGUCAACUCCAGGUUCAGAUGGACAAAGACCCUACCGGGAAUGACUUCAGUGUCGAAAAUGGCAAUAGCAAAUCCGUUACAAGUGAACACUUUUGAAUCGGAACAACAACCGUUGGCAAGAUAAUUGCAGCGAUUGAAAGAUUCAUUUCGAGUGUUUCAAAUUCGAGAGGAGGCAGAUCGAGCAGCCUAUUCCAUUUUUUAUUGUAUUCCAUGGGUGUUGAGGUUUUUGGAAUUCUCUCGAACCGACAAGAUCCGAUAGAUCCAUACACAAUAUAAUACAUUAAUAGAAAAACUAAAGGAGUUUUACGCGCCGGAGCCCUUAGAAAUUGCGGAGCCUUAUAUAUACCGGAAGCGAAUGCAAUGUCCGGAGAAGAGCGCCCAGGAAUAUAUGGCGGCUCUGCAGAAAUUAUCUUUACACUGUAAAUUUGGAGAAUUUUUGCAAACGGAAUUAAGAAACCAAUUCAUGUUUGGACUGAAAAAUCAGCGAAUCUAAUCGAGGCUGCUGGAAAUAGCGAAUAUUACGCGGGAAUCUGCGUUGAAAAUUGCGUGCGGAAUGAGGCUGGCGGAGAAGGGGAUCAGUAAAUUGAAGGAAGAAAACCUAACAGAAGCAGCUAUUGAUUUUGUGGAAACUGGAGCAAAACAAAAGAGGACGAAGGGUCGCGAAGAAAAAAAGGAGCCAAGGGCGAAUCAAGGAGCGAAGAAGGAAUCUUCAUUUUUCAAUCGUUCAAAUCCCUCUAAAAAUAAUUAUACGAAUAAACGUUCUCAUUAUAAAACUAAUAAUAUUGUAUGCUUUAGAUGCAAACACGUGCAUUUGGUGAGCAGUUGUAUCCUUCAGAGCGUAAAGUGCAAAAAAUGUGGAGGUUUUGGCCAUCUUCAAAAAAUUUAUAAAAAGAAAGGCCAGAUGAAUAUGUUGGAAGAAAUUUGUCAAGUGCAUGAACAGGAGCAUCUCGAGCAUCGAGCGAAAUUUACGGUAUUCCUGCGCAUAGAGAAUCAAGACGUAAUGUUUGAUGUUAAUUGUGGUUCGGCGGACACCUUGGAUGCAUUCCAAGUCCGCAUACAUGACAAACGGGACUCGUUCCUUCCUAUUAUAAUUGUUGAAACUCAGCCACUUGUUGUCCUCGCUCGGUAAUCUGAUGGCACAGUCGUUCAUCUCUUUGCAGUCUAUGAUUUGGAUGCAGAGCCGCGAC